GCGCGGCAUCCUCGGGCCCCGGGGCGCAGGUGGGGUGCGGACCCGCUGGGCGCCGGCCGCGGAGCGCGCGGAGGGACCGUGGUGCAGACCGAGCGGCAGGUGACGGAAGUCCAGGCUGCCGAUGGCCACGAACCCCGCUGGGGGCAUGGGCCCCAUGCACGUGCCUAUUGGGCAGGUGGUGGCCAGCGACAGGUGGCGCGGGUCGCAGCUGGCGCAGGGGAUGCAAGGGAAAGUUAAAAUCGUUUUUGAGGAUGGCCUGACACCGGUGGAUUUUUAUCUGUCCAGCAGAUCUUGCAUUCUCUAUGUCACCGAAGCAGAUCUGGUGGCAGGAAAUGGCUACAGGAAGAAACUUGUUCGGGUUAGGAAUUCCAGUAAUCUCCAAGGGAUUGUAAUUGUUGAGAAGACGCAGAUGAGUGAACAGUACUUCUCGGCCAUACAGAAGUUCACCAUGCUGGACCUUGGGAUGGUGUUGCUUCCAGUGGCCAGCCAGAUGGAAGCAUCCUGCCUUAUUAUCCAGUUGGUUCAAGAACAAACCAAAGAGCCCAGUAAGAACCCUUUCCUCACUAAGAAACGGGCUCCGAUCCCUGAGCUAUCCCUCCUUCGAACUGUGCAACAGAUCCCAGGAGUUGGAAAAGUUAAAGCUCUCCUUCUGCUUCAGAAGUUCCCAAGUAUCCAGCAACUAAGUAAUGCUUCCCUCCGAGAGCUGGAGCCAGUCGUGGGACCAGCAGUGGCACAGCACAUUCAAGCGUUCUUCACACAGCCCAGGUGACGGCUCUUCUCGCAGCAUCUUCUCCGCUUGAACCACAAGCUACAGGAUCGUGUUUUGUUUUCAAAUCGAGAACAAAGACUUUCCUUUCACAGCAUCUAAUGAAUGAGGGGAGGCCUGCAUGGAAGCCGGCAGUUCCCCUGCCUUGCUCUCUGGGUUCAGGCGUCUAAGUUAGUGGGCUCCAGAUAGCACGGCCCUCACUCUGCUAGUGGAAGAGGGGGCGUGGAGGGGACACCUGGCCAGCUCGGUCGGUAGAGCCCGUGACUCUUGAUCUCGGGGCUGAGUAAGCCCCACAUUGGGUGUAGCCAUUACCUAAUAACAAAAUCUUUUUAAAAACAAAAACAGGCACCUGGGUGGUGCUGUCGGUUGAGCGUCCAACUCUGGGUUUCGGUCUCAAGGUCAUGAGAUCAAGCCCCGUGCUGGGCUCCGUGUUCAGCAGAGUGUGCUUGGGAUCCUCCCUCUCUGUCUCUCGCAAAAUAAAUAAAUCUAAAAUCCUUAAAAGUCGGGGUGGGCAUGGGGAUCUUCCUAAGAGAGUUUAGUAAGGGACUCUCAAAUCCUGCAAAAAGCCAGCCAGGGCAGACUGACCUGUGUCUAUCAUGGAACGGUCUAAUCACAUUUCAGGAGGUAGACGUGACCGUCAAAAGGAAACCAAGAGUGAGGCGCUGUGCUACGUACCAUAAACCCCUUGUUCCUGGUGGCAGAGCUGGUGUUCCUCCAGUGUGGCCUUAAUAUCGCUGUGUUUCGAGGGCGCUGCCAGGGUAAAUAAACAGUUGUACUGCC